CGGGGCUCGGCUCGGCGUGACGGCGGGCUGCCAUCCCUUUGUGAGCGCAGGUGGUGCGAGGCGACGGCCCGGCCCGGGGUGCGCGAGGGGCCGCGGCCGGCGGCGGGCGCGACGCUGUCGGAGCCAAUCAAGCCGCCCCCCGCGCCCGGCACGUCGCCUCGGCCGCGCGCCGCGGCCACUGCGCGGCUCGGCCGCCUCGCGCUCGGCAGCAGGGGCGCCCGGGGGGGCGGCGCGGAGCCCAGGUCCAGCAGCUGGACAUGGACGCCCAGCGCGCAUCACCCGUGUCGUGCCCCAACGCCCUGCAGGAGGAGCGCCCCUGCCAGGCCCCCGCCGGGCUCCCGCGAGACUCGCCCGUCCCGCCCCGCGCGCCCCCCCGUAAGGACAGCCCGCGGCCUCCGUCCCCCACCGCUGCCCGCCCGGGCUCCCUCCCGCAGACGCCCCGCGCCCCCAAGCCGGACUCCUCCGGACGCAUGCCGCCGGCGCCCCCGAAGGGGCCCUGCCCCCCGUACCCCGCCGCCUCCGAGCAGGAGACCCCCCUGCGGGGGGAGACCCAGUUCCCGGCUCCAGCCGCCGCCGAGCAGGAGAGGGCACUGCCGUCCCCCGCCGCCCACCAGGAGACCCCCCUGCACUCGCCCGAGGCCCCCGACAAAGACCCGCUGACCCCGUCCCCCGCGGUGCCCGAGAGCGACAUGGACCCCCCGAGCCCCGCGCCCCAGAAGGAGCCCGCCUUGAAGGACCCGCCGCUGCCCACGGCCGAGAUCACCCGCCUGGCCGUGUGGGCCGCCGUCCAGGCCGUGGAGCGGAAGCUGGAGGCCCAGGCCAUGCGGCUGCUGACCCUGGAGGGCAGGACGGGCACCAACGAGAAGAAGAUCGCCGACUGCGAGAAGUCGGCCGUGGAGUUCGCCAACCACCUGGAGAGCAAGUGGGUGGUGCUGGGCACCCUGCUGCAGGAGUACGGGCUGCUGCAGCGGCGCCUGGAGAACAUGGAGAACCUGCUCAAGAACCGCAACUUCUGGAUCCUGCGCCUGCCGCCCGGCAGCAACGGGGAGGUCCCCAAGGUCCCGGUCACCUUUGACGACGUGGCCGUGCACUUCUCCGAGCAGGAGUGGGGGAACCUCUCCGAGUGGCAGAAGGAGCUGUACAAGAACGUCAUGCGGGGCAACUACGAGUCCCUGGUGUCCAUGGACUACGCGAUCUCCAAGCCAGACCUCAUGUCCCAGAUGGAGCGCGGGGAGCGGCCAGCCAUGCCGGAGCAGGAGGACUCGGAGGAGGGGGAGCCCCCCGCGGACCCCAGUGCUGCGCACGACGGCAUCGUCAUCAAGAUCGAGGUGCAGACCAACGACGAGGGCUCGGAGGGCCUGGAGGCGGCCGAGCCGCUGGCGGGGCAGGUGGAGGAGCACGGCUUCCCCGACUCGGAGCCCGGGGAGCCCUGCGGGGAGCGGCCGGACCUCGACCUGCAGGAGCCCGACCAGGCCCUGGAGGAGUCCCCGGGCGCCUCCAGCGAGUUCAGCGAGCUCAAGCAGAUGCUGGCGCAGCAGAGGCCCUGCGCAGACGGCAUCGUCAUCAAGACGGAGGAGCAGGAGGAGGAGGAGGAAGAGGAGGAGGAGGACGAGGAGGAGGAGGAGGAAGAGGACGAGGACGAGGACGAGGAGGAGCUGCCGCAGCACCUGCAGUCCCUGGGGCCGCUGGCCGGGAGGUACGAGGCGGGCCUGUACCCGCCGCCGCUGCCCGGGGAGCUGUCCCCCGAGGAGGAGCGCGAGGAGAGCCCCCCGCCGCUGCCGCGGGGCCCCCCGGGCGGGAAGCGCCUGGCGCCCGGCGCGCACGGCGAGCGGCACGGCCACGCGGAGGCGCGCGGCGCGGGCGGGCAGCAGCAGCGCAACCGGCGCGGCGAGCGGCCCUUCACCUGCAUGGAGUGCGGCAAGAGCUUCCGCCUCAAGAUCAACCUGGUCAUCCACCAGCGCAACCACAUCAAGGAGGGCCCCUACGAGUGCGCCGACUGCCACCUGAGCUUCCGCCACAAGCAGCAGCUCACGCUGCACCAGCGCGCGCACCGCGGCCGCGGCUACGCGUCCCCCGAGCGCGGCGCCGCCUUCGCGCCCAAGCACGCGCUCAAGCCGCGCCCCAAGUCGCCGGGCGCGGGCAGCGGCGGCGGCGGCGGCGGGCCCAAGCCCUACAAGUGCCCCGAGUGCGACAGCAGCUUCAGCCACAAGUCCAGCCUGACCAAGCACCAGAUCACGCACACGGGCGAGCGGCCCUACACGUGCCCCGAGUGCAAGAAGAGCUUCCGCCUGCACAUCAGCCUGGUCAUCCACCAGCGCGUGCACGCGGGCAAGCACGAGGUGUCGUUCAUCUGCAGCCUGUGCGGCAAGAGCUUCAGCCGCCCGUCGCACCUGCUGCGCCACCAGCGGACUCACACGGGCGAGCGGCCCUUCAAGUGCCCCGAGUGCGAGAAGAGCUUCAGCGAGAAGUCCAAGCUCACCAACCACUGCCGCGUGCACUCGCGCGAGCGGCCGCACGCCUGCCCCGAGUGCGGCAAGAGCUUCAUCCGCAAGCACCACCUGCUCGAGCACCGGCGCAUCCACACGGGCGAGCGGCCCUACCACUGCGCCGAGUGCGGCAAGCGCUUCACGCAGAAGCACCACCUGCUGGAGCACCAGCGCGCGCACACGGGCGAGCGGCCCUACCCCUGCACGCACUGCGCCAAGUGCUUCCGCUACAAGCAGUCGCUCAAGUACCACCUGCGGACCCACACGGGCGAGUGACCCCGCCCCCGCCCCCCCCUCCCCUGGCGGCGGGCGGGGGCGGGGGGCGGCGGGAGCGGGGGAGGCCGGGCCGCUGGGCCCCCCUCCCAUCCGGACCCCUGGGGCGGGCGGGGCAGGGGG